AGGGGCCGGUUCAGGUGCUCGGGUGCCCCUGACGCGGCGGCGGGAUGCCGGGGCUGGUGGUGUUCGGCAGGCGCUGGGCCAUCGGCAGCGACGACUUCGUCCUCCCGGGGGCCUUCGAGCUCUUCGUCAGGCUGCUGUGGUGGAUUGGAAUUCUUGCUCUUUAUGCGGUUCACAAGGGGCGAUUUAACUGUCCCGGGGGAGGAUUGCUGCACAGCUACUUGCUAGUCCUCCUCGUUCUCCUGGCUGCUAUAAUAUGUGCGUUAUCUGCUCUCGUAUAUGUCAGUAUGCAAGGAACAAUUUCUAAUCCAGGCCCAAGAAAAUCACUUCCCAAGCUACUUUAUACUCGCCUACUUCUCUAUUUUCCUGAAUUCAUCUGGGCUGUUGUAGGAGCUGUAUGGGUGUCAGACAGCAGUGUGCAGUGUGAGAAGACUGUGAUAAAUGUCAUCAUGGGGACAGUUAUUGCAAGCUGGGUUAUCAUCAUCUUUACAAUCAUUGGAGUUGUAAUCGUCUUUGAUCCGCUUGGGGGGAAGAAGACAUUUUACCUCACCAGUAGUGUCAGUCGGAACCUGGAGAGCAGUCAGUCAGGACAGUUGCUGUACAAUGUGAAGAACACUGCCACCAGGGUCUGGGAAAAAAGAAUCAGGUUACUGUGCUGCUGCAUUGUGCAAGAUGAUGACCAUCGAGUGGCUUUUACAAGUAUCGCAGAGCUCUUCCGUACCUACUUUUCGGACACUGAUCUGGUGCCAAGUGACAUAGCAGCUGGUUUGACUCUGCUCCACCAAGAGCAGGAUAAAAUGGAAAGUUGCCCAAAAGAGCCUGAAGAAGUCCUGUGUCAUUCUCCAUCAUCUCUUGUGGCAGAUGAUUUGGAUGCUGAACUGGAGAAUGCUGCUCACUAUAUGCUGUUUGCUGCAGCUGCUUAUGGCUGGCCCUACUACGUAUACACCAACCCAUUUACUGCACUCUGUAAGCUCAAUGGUGACUGUUGCAGAAAUAGAACAACAGAUUCUGAUAUAACUGGCAGUGAUCGUCAUAACUUUCACUUUGGAUCCAUCCUAAGAAUAACAGGACUGCAGUACAGAGACUUCAUUCAUAUCAGUUUUCAUAACAAGAUCUAUGAGAUUCCAUUUUUUGUUGCUUUGGAUCACAAAAAAGAAGCUAUUGUGGUUGCAGUGAGAGGAACCUUGUCUUUUGAGGACAUUCUCACUGAUCUGUCAGCAGAUUGUGAAGACUUGACACUGGAGGAUGUUCUAGAGAAUGGCUUUGUGCAUAAGGGAAUAACUCAAGCUGCAAACUACAUCUAUCAGAAGCUAAUAAAUGAUGGAAUUUUAAACCAGGCUUUCACAAUUGCUCCGGAAUAUAAACUUGUGAUAGUUGGUCACAGUUUGGGUGGUGGAACAGCUUCUAUACUGGCGAUCAUGCUCAGGAACUCUUUCCCAACAUUAAGGUGUUAUGCCUUUUCUCCCCCAGGAGGACUGUUAAGCAAAUCACUUGCAGAUUACACAAAGUGCUUCAUUGUUUCAGUCAUUGUUGGAAAGGAUCUUGUGGCAAGGUUAAGUAUGCCCAACAUGGAGGAUUUAAAGAGGCGAAUAGUGAGAAUUGUGGCAAACUGCAACAGACCCAAGUACCAGAUCUUGCUGCGUGGGUGUUGGUAUGAAGUCUUUGGAGGAGACCCGGAUAACUUCCCAACUGAACUGGAUGGUAGAAACCAAGAUGCCCUCACCCAGCCACUUCUAGCUGAGGAGAGCUUAAUGGUUCAUCGGUCACCUUCAUACAACACCCUUGAGGAUGAACCACACGUCAAUUCACCACCACAGUAUCCUCGUCUGUAUCUUCCUGGCAAGAUUAUCCAUAUUGUAGAAGAAUCCAGCUCUAGGAGGUGGUGCUCUUCAGAUAUUAAAUACACGGCGAGAUGGUCAAACGAAGCAGUCUUCAGCAGCAUUUUAAUAAGUCCCAAGAUGAUAACAGACCACAUGCCAGAUGUUGUGCUCAAAGCACUGAACAGUUUGUCUCAGGAACACAGAUCAUGUAUUUCUUGUCAGGCACAAGAAUGUAACACCAAUGUGGUGUAGCCAUAGCUCACCAAGGUGAGGGGCUUUUCACUGCAGGCUUCAGGUAUUCAGGGACCAUUCCACUUUCAUACCCGUGUGGAUUUCAGAACUUUUCUCUCACAUUGCAUAAAAUAAACAAGGGUCUUCAUGCCCUUGGCUGUGCAGCAACCUUGCAUGGCAGGAGGCUGGUUAAAGCAGUCUGCACUUGCGCUGAAGGUUGAGCUUUUACAAACCAUGAUGGUCUGACAUGUCCCAGCUGAGCCUGUGGAUGCUGGAGCACAAGAGCCAAGGUGCCAGCUGAGUACGCCACCAGAGCAAGCGUGUGUGCAGGCAAGCUCAGCCUGUGGGUGAGCGCAGAGCCCUGCCAGACCCUAAAAAUGGUAAAAAAUCCAGUUCUGCUUCAGUCACAUCCUGCCACUGCCCAGGACCAGCCUGUGCAGAGCCU